AUGUCUCGAGUUGUUGUGGAACUUGUUGAUUUAAAUGUCGUUGAAAAUUCAUCAUCAGAUCAUAUUAUUUAUUUAAUUAAUUUAUUGAAGAGAUCAUUUACAAAAAAACAACAUCAAUUUUCGUUGAAUUUUAACAUGAUUGGUCAAUUUGAUCAACUUUCUCCACAAGAUCCUGUCUUUGAUAUUGCCAUUUCCAAAAAGUAUGACACUAUACUCAUUCCACAGAAGGUUGGUAUAUCAAUUUAUAAUAGACCAAGUAGUAGGGAAACUUUCCAUCUCGAGCAAUUAUUCAAAGUAGAGAAACCCAAUACUGAGCUUCGUUGUAUGAAAUUGGUUGAUGAGCAAGGAGAGGAAUUUAUCUAUGCAACAGAUUACUCAAACGCUGUUGUUAAAUUUAGUGUUUCGGAUAUUAUGAUACGAAAAGUUUUUUCAAUUAUUUGGCAAUCUGAACCAUUUUCUAAUUUGUGGGGAUUGGAUGUUUUGAAUGGAAAAGUUUAUGCAGUUGACAAUAUGACAUCAGUUAAAAUUUUGGAUUGCAAAAGUGGUGCAACUAUUUCAGAAAAUGCUCCAAACGUAGCAGAAGGAUACGGUAUUCAUUUCUUGUCAGAGAAACAAGCAGUUAUAAGCAACUCAAAGAAAGUGGAAAUAUUCGAAAGGGACAAAUUUGGUAAUUGGAAUUCCAUCAAACAAACUCAAUUUCCAAUGGAAGCUGCCUAUGCAAUUUUCUGUGAAGAAUCAUCCGGAUUAAUCUAUGUUUGUGAGGAUUCUCAAUUACAUGGAUUGAAUAUUCAUGUGGUAAGACAGAAUGAUUUGACAUUGGUGAAAUCAUUUCCAAUUCCUUCCUUGCAUUUUGGUGUUAUGGUGGACGAUAAAAGUGGAUUGCUAUAUGUGUGCCAUUAUGAAAGUUCGAAAAUGAAGGUUAAUGUUUAUGAAUAA